GAAUCUAAAUAAUUCAAUUUAAUAAAAAAAUCUAUUGAAAUACAUAUUUACAUACAAAAAUAGAUAAAGAUAAAUUCAAUGAAGAGAGUUCAAUCUUAAGAGUAGCUUGGUUAAGAAAAAAGAGGAGGAGUUUAAGUGUUUGUUAGGGUAAAACCCACAUAAGAUGGUGACCAAAGCAUAUUUUCAGGAGAUGAUGAAAAUGGUAGAUCAGUUGUUGCCACUAAAACCCCUCAAAGAUCAAGAUAAAUAUAAUAUAGCUACAAAAAUGAUAGAAGUUUAGAAAAGUUAAAUGAAAUAUUUUAAGAUAAGGCUGAUGUUUUCUUUUUUGAUAAUGUGUUUAGCCAAAAAUCCAGCUAAGAAAUCUUCUAUCGCAAGACAGCUAAAGAAGCAGUUUCAAACGUUGUUAGUGGAUAAAACACUUCCAUUUUGAUACAUGGUCCAUCAAGAUGCGGAAAAACAUAUACUCUCACUGGUGCAGAUAAACACUAAAAAGGAUUGAUGUUUAGAUGUGUAGAUGAUCUUUUAUCCAAAAUAGAUGUUGCCAAUGAAUAGGAUUCCUAAUACAAAUUAUUCUUGUCUAUUUUCUCAGUAUACAAUAAUGAGAUAUUUGAUCUUCUCAGUAAUGAGAAUUCUGAUUAUUAUGAAGUAAUUGAGUAUAGUCCAAAUGAUGUUAGAAUUGCAGGUAUGUCAAGACAUUUAAUCAAAUACAAGAGCGAAUUUAAGAAUAAAUACGUGAAUGCAUUAAAGAAAAUAUAGUCUCUUAGCUAGCUUUUGAAUGAAAAAAAGCUUUAUGAAAAAAGUCAUAUUGUUGUCCAGUUCAAUGUUUCUGAAAGUGAAUAAAUAAAUUUCAAACUCAAUUUAGUAAGACUUGCAGAUAUUGAUUUAGUAGAUAAAUAAAUAAAUGGAGAUGAUUUUGAGGUUAUCGAGCAAUACAUUAAUUAAAUCAAUUAAAACACUUCAUAUUAAACUAGAGCUUAUAAAAAGUGUAAAUUAACUUCAUGCAUUAGAGAUACAAUUAAUGAAAAUACUCAAUCUUUCUUUAUAUCAUGCGUUUCUUCAUCAUCUAAUUAGUAUGCUUAAUCUCUUCUCUCAUUAGACUAUACAUAAAGACUUUGUGCUUAGGGCUCACGCCUUCAUGAUGGAAAUGAAAUUAGAAGUAGUUUUACUAGCAAUUCUUAAAAAAGACUCCUUCCUAGCAGACCUCCUGUUUCACCAAAUUCUGUAAAAUCAAGCUUGAUUGAAAACACUUUGAGACCUCAGCUCUCUUAAUCAAAUUUAAGAUAAAGCAAUAUUAUUAAUCAAAGUAGCACAGCUCCUAAAUCAAAUAUUUAGAAUUCUCACAUUGAGUUUAUUGUUAAUGAGUUGGAAAAUAUUUUUGAGGAUAUUCGUAAGCAAUCACGUGUAUUUGGAAGACUACCUGAAAGAGAAAGAAACGAAUGGGUUAGCUAAAAAGAAAUCAUUUUAAACGAUCUUUAGAGAUAGAUUGAGUUACAGCCCUACAGCAGAGAUAUUCCUUAUUGCGAGACUCUUCUAACCAAGUGCUAAAGAUAGUUAAGACUUAUUAAUCCUAGCUUAAGCGAUUAAAGAUAAAUUAGUGGUUCUCCUCCUUAAGGACAUGUGAAUAAUUUAGGGCAAGGAAAGCUAAAUGGCUCAUAAACAAAUUUCUUUUAAGGAAAUUUAAAUAAUAGCUUUUCUAGAGUUAACCAACACAAUAGAAGAUAAAGUUAAGGAGGAUAUGCUGAAAAAGUAGGUCGCCUUUCUCCUUCUCAAGAAAACAGAUAUAAUGAUUAUGAGUUUUUAAAAGAUAAAGAAGAAAAAUUAGACAAAGACUUCAUGCGCCUUCUUGAUAGAUAUAAUCACUCUAAGGAGCUGAUUGAUAGUCUCAGCAAUCCUUAAGGAUAAUAAUAGCACUCUCAAUUAAAUCAACCCUAUCCAUAGUAAUUGUAAAGAGUUUAGACUCAACCUUCUCUAGGAUAACGCUCUCCUAUUUAAAGUAUUAUCAGAAACAGCUAAAUCCUCUAAUCGCCUCAAUAGAGAUUAGCUGAUAUAAGCAAUGUUCAUCAAUAACUCUAAAAUAAUCAAGAAAUGUAUCGUACUCAAGAUUCAUCAGGAUUUUUAGACCAACCUCCUAUCAAUAAAUCCAAGGUUGCAGUUUCUAGCAAUAUUGGAGAACUCAGUCCUAAUUUUGACUUACUUAAUGCAGAAGAAAAAGAGAAAAAUGUAGGAAAAAGCUUAAAAAGACUAAAAGAAACAAUUGAAAUCAAAGAAAAUAUAGAAAAAUCAAAAAUAUAAAAACUCUAACUACUUAAUAAAGACUUAAAACAAAGUUUAAGGGAAUAUGUCGAAAAAUACGAGUAGCUUUCUGAUAUUCUAAACAGCAAAGAUGGUGAAAUCGAUAGAUUGUAGUAUGAGCUUAGGUAAGCUUAAGAGGACAUUCUUCUUAAUGUUGAUACAGUUAAAGAAUUCAAAAUAAAGGAAUAAGGAUGGCUACAGAUGGAAGAGGAGCUCAGAGAAUCAAAUAUACAAUUAAAAUCGAAGCUACUCAAGAAGAAGAAGAAAGUCAAUUAAAUAAAGGAGGAAUUUAGAAGAAAAGAAGAAGAGCUUGCAUUUUAGAAAAAAUCACAUGACCACGAAAUAGAAAAGUACUAAAGAACUGUUUAAGAGCAUGAAGAAAUCAAGUCAGUAGACCAAAACAAGGCAACUGCUCUUUCAGAAAUAGUUAAUUAAUUAAAAAAUGACAUGGAUUAGAGAGAAUAAGAAUAAAAACAAGUCUUCUAAAACUUACAGGAAAUGAGAUAGUUGAACUAAGAGCUCAACUAAAAAUAUCAAAAUGAAGUUAUUGAGAAGAAUGAAACAGUAAAUUAGAAUCAUGCUUUAACAAGAAAGAAAGAGGAGCUUGAAGAACAAGUGCAAAUUCUUGAAUAAAAAAUUUAAAAGCACAAAUAAAAAUUUGAAGAUGAAAAAUCCAAGCUAAUGGAGGAGAGAAACUAAGAAAACUUGAAGAAAAAAGAAAAGAUAAAGUUUUUAAAAGCUUAAUUAGCUGAUAACGAGGACAAACACCAAGAAAUUGAAGGUAAAUACUAGCUUCUAAUAAAGCAAGCUGACAACUUGGAAGCCUAGUUAAGAGAAACUUAAAAGUACCUUAAUGAAUUAAAAGAAAUAAAAGACGAAUAAACUUAUAAGAUAGCCAAAUUGACUGAAGAGAAAAAUAACUCUUAUUUGGAGAAUGAAAGAUUAUAAAAUUUAGUUACCUCUUUAGAGGGUAGGGUAGAAAAAUUGGAGGCAUCACAGUUGGGAGAUGCUAAAACUAUCAACGAGCUAAAAGAACAAAGCAGCCGUUUGCAAUCUGAGCUUAAUGAAAAAGAAGAUCAAUUAUAAAAGGCUAACUAACACAUUGAUUAGUUACAAGAAUAGUAAAACAUCGAACUUAGCACUUUUGAAAUAAGAUUAGACCAAGUUGUUCAGGAAUUCACAGCCUGCAAGGAAGAAAACAAUGAAUUUAAGAGAAAGGAAAUUGACAACAAGAAACUCCUUCAAAACUUAGAAGAAUAAGUUGAAAAGUAUAAAGAAAAAUACUUAAAGGCUAAACACUCAAAUAAAAAUCUACAAUCUCAUUUAAAAGAACUAGAAAAUCGUGUAAAAGAUUACAUGACUGAAAGAUCUAUAGAAGUUUAAGCCUAAGCUCGUGAACGUGAAAGACAAACUAAAGUUGAAUAAACUCAAAAGAAUAAAUUAAGAAUUCUUGAUGAAAUUUAACAAAUGAUUAAAAGUCAUAAACACAAUUCCACAGUAUAAAAAUAUGAAAAUUGA